AUGUCAUCUUACUGCCCAACUACUAAUUACAUACAACCUGAUUUCUUUAUCCCCCCCUCCCUCUCUCUCCCAUCCGCUCGUUAUCCCAGCGCGCUUCCUGUGUCGUCCAUCCUCAUCAUGCCUUCCUCUAUCGCUGUUAUCGGGUUGGCGUGUCGCCUCCCCGACGACGUUUCUUCUCCAGAGGAAUUCUGGCGGUUGCUAUUAGCUCAAAGAGACACCAACUCCGUCCCUGUCAACAGAUGGAACACGGACGCCUUCCAUCACCCGGGGCGCAACAAACCCCAAACAAUCGCGGCGAGAGGGGCUCAUUUUCUCAAGAGAGACGUGACAGCUUUUGACGCGGCCUUCUUCAACAUCAACACGAGCGAGGCUUUGGCACUGGACCCGCAGCAGCGUUGUGUAAUGGAAGUCACCUACGAAGCUCUGGAAAACGCCGGCCUCACCAUCGAUGCCGUGUCGGGUUCCCGGACGGGCUGCUAUGUCGGCUCCUCCUCGUCCGAUUACCGCGACUCCAUUGCGCGGGACACGGAGACGUCGCCCCGCUACGCCGCGCUGGGCAUCAACACAGAGAUGCUGUCGAACCGCACAUCGUGGUUCUACAACCUGAAGGGUCCCAGCAUGACGAUCGCUACGGCCUGCUCCUCCAGCCUCGUUGCCAUCCACAUGGCGUGCCAAGGCCUGUUGGCUGGCGAGACCGACAUGGCCGUCGCCGGCGGCGUGAACCUCAUGCUAAACCCGGAGUUCUCAGUCUACCUCAGCGGCAUGACGAUGAUCUCGCUGGAAGGCCACUGCAAGUCGUUCGACGCCUCGGGAGACGGGUACGCCCGCGGCGAGGGCUGCGGCAUGGUCGUCCUCAAACGCCUCGACGACGCCAUCCGGGACAACGAUCCCAUCCGUGCCAUCAUCCGCGGCACUGGCGUCAACUCGGACGGCUUCACGCAGGGGUUCACCAUGCCCAGCUCGGAGUCGCAGGCGUCGCUGAUCAGAGAGAUCUACCAAAAGGCAGAGCUAGACAUGGGCGACACGCAGUUUGUCGAAUGCCACGGAACCGGAACCAAAGCAGGCGAUCCCAUCGAGACAAGAGCCAUUUAUGAGACGCUUGGUAGAAAAGCAAGCAGUUCACAACCACUGGUGAUUGGCAGUGUGAAGCCUAACAUUGGCCAUCUGGAGGGCGCUUCUGGCGUUGCGGCUCUCAUCAAAUCCAUCUUGGCUCUGGAGAAGGGAUAUAUCCCGCCUCAGAUGUUCUUCCGCACGCCGAACCCCAAGACCCCAUUCCGCCAGUGGAAUCUCGAGAUCCCAACGGUGUUGACGCCGUGGCCAAAGACAAGGGGUCCCAGACGGGUGAGCAUCAAUAACUUUGGCGUCGGCGGGACAAACUCGCACGCCAUCGUCGAGGGCGCGCCUCGGCGGCAGCAGCAGCAGCAGCGGCGUGACCUGACCUCCGCUGCGGCGGACAAGAAACGCCUCUUUGUCUUCAGCAGCCAGGACAAGAACGGCCUCGUGCGCGUGGCCCAGUCACUGGCGGCCUACCUCGACAAGGGGGAAGAAGCCCCAGCAUCCGCUGGCCACGUCGCCAGUCUCGCGUACAGUCUCGGGAACAAGCGCUCGCGGUUCUCGUGGAAGAAGUUCUGCGUGGCUGCCGACUUGAAAGCCCUACGAUCCGGCCUGCUCGCGCUGACGAGCGACGGCGCCGUGAGGUCCAACGCCGCUCCGCGUAUCGGCUUCGUCUUCACCGGACAAGGCGCACAGUGGCCCCUGAUGGGUCUGAAACUACUUGAAUUCGACGUCUUCAAAUCUAGCUUCCAAAAGUGCCAGAGCUAUCUUACGGAGCUGGGCUGUCCCUGGGACGCCGCCGAGGAGCUCCGGAAGCCCGCGGAAACUAGCCGUAUCAAGUCCCCGGAUCUGAGCCAGCCGCUGUGCACCAUUCUCCAGAUCGGUAUCGUCGACCUCCUGGCCUCGUGGAACAUCCUCCCCGCCAGAGUCGUGGGCCACUCCAGCGGCGAGAUCGCCGCCGCGUACAGCGCGGGCGCCCUGUCCGCGCGGGACGCGGUCGAGGUGGCCUACCUCCGAGGGAAGUUCUCCGCUGCGCUCGGCGCGAUGGACCCGAGCCGAGAAGGAGGAGGAAUGCUCGCCGUCGGCUGCUCGCGGGAGAAGGCGGAGCAGUUGAUCGCCGAGGUCACGGCCGGGCGUCUCACGGUCGCCUGUGUCAACUCGCCGUCCAACGUCACCAUAUCCGGUGACGUAUCCGCCAUCGAGCAGCUGCACGACAGGCUGCGAAGUACGUCUGUGUUUGUGGCUCGGUUGAAAGUCGACGUGGCCUACCACUCGGAGCACAUGGAGACAAUCUAUCCGGGAUACGUUCAGUCGCUCACGCACAUCCGUCCCGGUCAGGGGCUCCAAGACGGCAACGCAAAGGCCGUCACCAUGGUAUCCAGUGUCGAGGCGGCCGAGGUUGACCCCGAGGUCCUCGGUGCCUUCUACUGGGGUCGCAAUCUUGUCUCGCCGGUCUUGUUCUCGGACGCGCUGGCUGAGCUUGUCCGGCCUACCGCCGACGGGCCUUCUCCUGGGGAGUCGGAGUCAAACACCGUCGACUUGCUGGUGGAGAUCGGACCCCACGCAGCCCUCAAGCAGAGCGUCAAAGACAUUCUCGCGGCGAGUGGGAUCAAGGGCGUCGAGUACCUGUCUUCUCUCUCUCGGGGCAUGGACGACAUGGACAUGGCGCUGUCUCUGGCCGGAAACCUCUUUGCAUCCGGGGCCCCGAUCGACGUCUCCAAGGUCAACGACGACAACGGACCAGAUGUCUCCCUGCUUACCGACCUGCCGCCGUACCCGUGGCAGCACGCGAACAAGUUCGACGCCAGCCCGCGCAUCAGCCGUGAGCACAACAUGAGGCCAUACCCGCAGAACAGCCUCUUGGGCGCUCCCAUGCCCUCCGUCGGCCCCAACGAGCACGUCUGGCGCGGCUACCUCCGUCUCGACGAGGAGAACUGGGUACGGGACCACAAGAUCACCGGCGUCGUGGUCUACCCGGGGGCCGGUCUUGUGGCCAUGGCCCUGGAGGGGGCCCGCCAGUUGGCCGAUGCCGGACGCCAGAUGCGGGCCAUCAAGCUGCGCGACGUGUCCAUCGGAUCGGCCGCCAUUAUCAGCGAAGACCAGCCCACCGAGUUCGUCCUACACACCAGGCCGCACCUGCUGGGGACUGUCAGCUCGGGGCCGGCCGCGUGGCUCGAGUUCACCAUCUCGUCCUCGGGAGGCGCUGAUAUGCCGCUUCGAGAGAACUGCCACGGUCUCAUGCGCAUCGAGUACGAAGGCGGGGACAACGCCAACGACUCGGCGGGCCGCCGCGAGGAAGAGGCCGCUGCCGUGCGUUCCUGUCUCGCCGAGUACGAGGCCGCGGCGGACGCCUGCGUAGACCAGCUUGCCAUCGAUGACUUCUACCGGGACCUCGCCAACGUCGGGCUCGGCUUCGGCGCAACCUUCAGAAACAUGCAGAAGAUCAAUUUCCGGCCGGGCGAGUCCGUCUACGACCUCACCAUCGGCGACCCGGGCGAGACCUUCAGCACGGGGCGGGCCGGACGUACGCAUCUAAUCCACCCGGCCACCCUGGACUCCGUCGUGUCGGCGCCUUUUGCAGCCUACUACGACGGCCCUGGCAAGCCCCUGACGCGGCCGUACAUCCCCGUGUUCAUCCAGGAGUUUGAGAUCUCGGUUGACGUCCCCUUCGAAAUCGGGACGCCCGUGAAGGGCUUCUCAAGGGCGAAGCGGCGCGGCAUCAGCGAGAUCGAGUCCGAGAUCUAUAUGUUUGACAAGGCCUUGUCACGGCGCUAUCUUAGCAUCCGCGGCUAUCGGUCUACGAGCGAGAUCGCGGCCGAUACGAGCGCUGGCGCCGGCGCCGGCGACGGAUCGGACACGUCGCCGGGACUGUGCUACUCUACGCAGUGGGAGAACGCUUUCAGUCUUCUCACAACGGAGGAGCUGGGCAGCUUUAUUUCGAACGCCGGCCAAACGUCAGACGAGAAGCUGGAAAAGAUUGCGAAGUUGAUCAUCCAUGAGUCCCCUGAUACCACCGUACUUGAGCUUCUGGCUGAAAAGCCCGAGAAUCUGACCGGCGGUACAUCAGCAGCCAUAACGGGUGGUCUCGCAGUAAGCCAGCCACAGAAGACAAGAUACGCCGUCCUAGGCAGUUCAUCACUCAAUGGCGUAGGCGGAGAGUUUCUCGAGCUGAAGCCCGGCAAAGCGGCCGAGGCCAAAUUCGACCUUGUCAUCUUGGGGCAGGGCUGCAGAGAGUUGAUCGACGACCAAAUGAGACUCUCAUUUCUUCUCGAGCACGUCAAACCGGGUGGCCGUCUGAUCUGCGGUUUCGACGGCGAGCAACUCGACGAGGCGGUGCCCAAAGACUGCCGAGUGGAAGUCUUUGCUGAUGAUACCGGUCCCGUCACUCUUUUCUUCACUGCUCCCGCGGUCGUUGAGGAUGAACCUUCACAUGCUUUCGACGCCGGCACUCCGUCUGCCGGCGAGGGUGACUCUACUAAUACCGCCUCUUCUGUCAAAGAAAAGGUGCUCAUUAUCGAGCCACCGGCGCCAUGCGCCACCGCUGUUCAGGCCUUUUCCCAAGAGUUGAUCAAGAUUCUUGAAGGCCAAGGGCUGAGGGCCAGUGCCGUGGCCUGGACGCCAGAGCUUGUGACGGAAGUCUCCUCGGAGCAACACACAGUCGUCAGCUUGAUGGAGCUGGACACACCUUUCAUGGAAAGCCUUUCUGCCUCGGAUUUCGCCCUUGUUCAGGGCGUCAUCGUGAAGGUAUCAAGUCUGCUCUGGCUGACGGCUCUGAGCGGCCCAUCGGCAUCCGUCAUCGACGGCGCCCUGCGAGUUGCCAGGAGGGAACUCGGCAACAUCGAGCUUAAGGUGCUGCACCUCUCCGCGCCAUCCGUAGAGCAUGGGCCGGCACUCGCAGCCAGGGUCUUGGCCAGCUCGACCCGCGACGCCGAGUUCCUCGAGGACGGGGACGGACUGCUGAAGGUGAGCCGCGUGUUCGAGGACCGGGCUCUGAACGCCGACGUCUCAUCCCACGCCGGCACCGGGACGCACAUGGAGUCUAUGAGGACGUGUGAUUUCCCACUGGCCCUCGGCAUCUCCAAGCCCGGUUUGCUGGAUACUCUUCGUUUCGGGCCCCAAGAGGAUGCGGGCGAGCUGAAAGAGAACGAGGUCGAGAUCCAGAUCAAGGCAUCCGGAGUGAAUUUCCGAGACGUCAUGAUCUCCAUGGGCUUGAUCGCCGACUCUCACCUGGGCUACGAGGGCGCCGGCGUCGUGCUGAGGACAGGGAGCAAGGUAACGAGCGUCAAGGAGGGCGACCGCGUCAGCGCGCAUGUCUAUGGCUCGCACGCCACCGUUGCUCGCACUGUCGACAUCAUGUGCGCCCGGAUGCCGGACGACAUCUCGUUCGUCGAGGGCGCGUCGUUUCCUGUCGUCUUCACGACCGCCUACCACGCGCUGGUCAACCUCGCCCGGCUGCGUUCGGGCCAGUCGGUGCUCAUCCAUGCCGCGGCCGGCGGCGUGGGACAGGCGGCCAUCCAGCUGGCGCAGCAUCUGGGCCUCGACAUCUACGUGACGGUCGGGUCGGAGGAUAAGAGGACGCUCGUGAUGGACAAGUACGGCAUCCCCGAGGGGCGUAUCUUCAACUCGCGCGAUGCGAGCUUCGUCAUGGGCGUGAAACGUGUCACUGGCGGCCGCGGCGUCGACUGCGUGCUCAAAUCGCUUGCCGGUGAGCUCCUACGCCAAUCUUGGUACUGCCUUGCCCCUCUCGGCACUUUUGUCGAGAUCGGGAGCCGCGACGUCAGCGAGAACACGCGCCUCGACAUGGCCCCCUUCGCCGCCGGCACCACCUUCACCUGCUUCACCCUCCUCGAGGUGCUCCUCCACAGGCCGGACCUCAUGGCCGAGACCUGGCGCAACACCUUCGACCUCAUCCGCAAGGGCUUCUUGCGCGCCCCGACGCCCCUGACCGUGAUGCCCGUCCACAUGGUCAAGGAUGCCUUCCGCCUCAUGCAGAGCGGCAAGCACCGCGGCAAGAUCGUGCUCUCGCUGGAUGGGAACGGCGACCGCGAUGACGGCGUGCCCGUGCCCGUGAUACGCGACCCCAAGACAGCCCUUCGACUCGGUCCGUCGGGAACGUACUUGUUGGUCGGCGGCCUCGGCGGUCUGGGGCGAUCUCUGGCCCAGAUGCUUGUCGACUCGGGAGCGCGCAACAUCGCCUUCGUCUCGCGCUCGGGGGCGACACAGCCGUCGGCCCGGGCCGUCGUCGAUUCCCUCGCUGCCCAGACCGGAGUCAACGUCCAGGUCUACGCCGCCGACGUCGCCGACGAGGCGUCUUUGGCCGCCGCCCUCGCGCGUUGCAACGAUGACCUGCCUCCGGUCAAGGGCGUCAUCCAGAUGGCCAUGGUCUUGCGAGACGGCGUGUUUGAGCAGCUGACCCACGACAAGUGGACAGCCGCCCUCCGACCCAAGGUCGACGGCUCGCGGAAUCUUCACGAGCACUUCGGAGCUCGUCGCCCGCUCGACUUCUUCAUCAUGUGCUCGUCCAUCUCGGGCGUCAUCGGCAACCGUGGCCAGGCCAACUACGCCGCGGCAAACGCUUUCCAGGACGCCCUCGCCCGCCACCGCCACUCGCUGGGCCUGCAGGCCUGCGCCGUCGACCUGGGCAUCAUGCGCGACGUCGGCGUGCUGGCCGAGACUGGCGCAGCCGGCGACCUGGUCAAGUGGGAGGAGCUGCUCGGCAUCCGAGAGCCCACGUUCCACGCGCUGAUGAAGACCGUCAUCAACGGGGAGCGGCGCCGGCUGCUGCUAAACCGCCAACGACAGACGCCCUCCGGCAUGGUGACCGAUUUCCCCGCCCAGGUCAGCGUGGGUCUGGCCACGGCCGGCGCCUUCGAGGCCACCGGCCUGAGUCUUCCGGACUGGCUGACCAUGGACGCCCGCUUCACCCAUUUGGCAGCGGUCCGCUCGAGCGCCCCCGCGGACGGCGGCGGGAACAGAACGGAUGCGGCGCAGUCCAUCGGGGCCUUGCUGCCGCGGCGUAUCGCCACGGCCGAGACCAGGGACGAGGCCGUUGCCGCCAUGGUCGACGGGCUGGUCGACAGGGUCUCCAAUAUCUUGUCGACCCCGGCUUCCGAGGUCGACCCCGGCCGGCCGCUGUACAUGUACGGCGUGGACUCCCUCGUGGCCAUGGAGAUGCGGAACUGGAUCCAGCGGGAUAUCAAGGCCGAUAUUGCCCUUUUCGAUGUCUUGGAGGCCGUGCCCAUGACCAAGUUUGCUGAGAAGGUGGUUGCAAGGAGCAAGCUGUGCACUUUCUAGAGGGAAGACUGUGCCCUCGACAGCCACGUGUAUCUGUACUAGCAGUCAGUUGGUAAUAACUGCCCUCUUUAUAAGUAUCAUUGUUCAAAAUGUCAUGGAGCUUGGAUAAUCUUCACCUACUGUAGGGCUGAAUAUCGAAAAAUACACCUGGUCACAUCCACUACACCUACCUACCUUUACUCUCUGUUUCAAAGUGGCUUCUUUGUGUGCUUGCUGCUUGCUUCCCUCAACUACUGGGAGUGGAGAUUGAGAAACCCACAGUCCCUUUAUGCCUAGCUAUUGCGCAUCCUAUCAACUCUGGCGUAGAC